AUGACAUACAAUUACAAAGGUUGGCAUGAGCAAUUGCCUUAUGCUUUACUGGGAUACUGUACUAUGGCCAGAACUUCAAUAGGAGCAACUCCAUACCUGCUGGUCUAUGGUACUAAAGUGGUUAUACCUACCGAGGUCGAGAUAACUUCCUUAAGGAUCAUCCAAGAUGCAAAAUUUCAUAAUGAUGAAUGGGUCCGAGCUCGAUAUGAGCAAUUGGCUUUAAUUGACGAGAAAAGGAUAGUUGGCAUGGUGCUAAAAAUAAUUUUCCCGCAUCAAAAUGAAAACAAAGGGAAAUUCGCUCCCAAAUGGAAAGGUCCUUAUGUGGUCCGCAAAGUACUCUCCAGAGGAGCAGUAGUACUGGCAGAAAUGGACGGAAAAGACUGGACAAAGCCAAUCAAUUCAGGUGCAAUCAAGCGCUACUAUGCUUGA